CCGACAUGGAGUACACUUCAUCCCCGAAACCGCAGCUGUCAUCCCGGGCCAACGCUUUCUCCAUAGCCGCCCUUAUGUCCAGCGGGAAGCCCAAGGAGAAAGAGUCGGAGGAGAACACCAUCAAACCUCUCGAGCAGUUCGUGGAGAAGUCGUCGUGUAACCAGCAGGCUCUGGCGGAUCUGUCCACUCUGGACUCACACGGACCCGGGGACUGCAGCGGAGGGAGCGCGCUCGCCGUGUGCACAGAACCGCUCAUCCCCACCAAUCCCGGCAUCCCCAGCGAGGAGAUGGCCAAGAUCUCUUGUAGCCUCGAGACCAAGGAGCUGUGGGACAAGUUCCACGAGCUGGGCACCGAGAUGAUCAUCACCAAGUCUGGAAGGAGGAUGUUCCCAACCAUCCGGGUCUCGUUCUCUGGUGUGGAUCAAGACUCCAAGUACAUUGUUCUGAUGGACAUUGUCCCGGUGGACAACAAACGGUACCGGUACGCGUACCACCGUUCCUCCUGGCUGGUUGCCGGCAAAGCAGACCCUCUCCUGCCUGCCAGGUUGUACGUCCACCCGGAUUCCCCUUUCACCGGGGAGCAACUCAUGAAGCAAAUGGUUUCCUUUGAGAAAGUUAAGCUGACAAACAACGAACUGGACCAACAUGGACAUAUCAUCCUCAACUCCAUGCACAAGUACCAGCCAAGGGUCCACAUUAUCAAGAAGAAGGAGCACACCGCCUCACUGCUCAACCUAAAAUCUGAGGAGUUUCGCACCUUUGUGUUCAUGGAAACAGUAUUCACAGCAGUCACAGCCUAUCAGAACCAGCUGAUCACAAAACUAAAGAUUGACAGCAACCCAUUUGCCAAAGGCUUCAGGGACUCCUCUCGGCUGACAGACAUGGAGAGGGAAAGUGUUGAGAAUCUGAUCCACAAGCACUCGUAUGCCCGUUCGCCCAUACGGACCUACAAUGGAGACGAGGAGAACCUGAGUGAAGACGGACACUCCACACACAGAGGAUCGGCAUUCACAGCUUCAGAUAACCUUUCCCUGAGCUCCUGGGUCACCACCACCUCAGGGUUCUCGAGCUUCCAGCACCCACAGACGCUUUCAGCCAUGAGCACCAGCACGGCAUCCCUGCACCACCCAAUCCAGGGCUCACUGCCCCCGUACAGCCGGCUGGGCAUGCCUCUGACCCCCAGCGCCUUGGCAGGGACCAUGCAGGGCAGCGGACCGACCUUCCCCUCUUUCCACAUGCCCCGCUACCAUCAUUACUUCCAACAGGGGCCCUAUGCCGCCAUCCAGGGACUCCGCCACUCUUCCACUGUCAUGACCCCCUUUGUAUGACUCGGUCCUGGAGAGGAGACCACCAAAAACCUGAUCCCCACUCCCAGUUUUUCACCUCUACGGCUCAUCACUCCUCAUUGUUUGUAUUUUCCCUUCUGGCCUUUGUAAAUAGCUCACAUGCAACUGAGAAGAAGGCGGCAACAAGGAAAAACUUGUUGAGAAAAAACACUUAAACAGGUCCAGAUAUUUCUACAAACUAUAGUGACACUGUACAGACAUUUUUGCCCUUGGUAUGAGCACUACAUUCUAAUGUAAGAUGAUAAAAGGAGCAUGUUUAAUCGGGCUGUAGAAGAAUAUGAUGUGGAUCUUCAGUUGAAACUCAUUUUAACUGAGUCUGGAUGGCUCCCUCUACAGACUCAGUAGCUGCUGAUCCCCACUGUCAGCAGUACAGGGCUGUCCACUGAUGCAUGGUGGGUGGACUGAGCGUGACCCUGAACUGAAUACCAUUUUGGAGAGAGGACUUUAAACUGAAUAAUGUGUGUCUAAAGGCUCUGUGUGAGUCUGUGGAUGAUUCAGCAUCAUAUCAGAGACGAGGAUGUGAGCUGUCCUCUGUUUUCUAGAAAGCCAGCCGUAUGUACAGUUCAAAGUUCAAGACUACUUCACAAUGAGGUAAAUGAGUCAUAAAUGCUUUAUAAUUAGGUUAUUAAGUAGGUUGGAAAGAUCAUUAAUAGCUGCAACACAUUAGAGCAAAAAGUGAACUAUAGCUGCCAAAUAGUGAGGCUACUUUACAUUCUCUGUAUGUAAAGUAUGUACAGUCUCCUCCACAAAUCUUCUUGAUUACGGAUCUUCCUUUGUGUCCAUCAGCAGCAUCUAUACAUGUCAGCUCUUGUGACAUUUACUAAUCAUUAACUACUAU